CAUUUUCGAAUGAUGGGGUAAAUCGUUAGGAACGUUAGAAUUGGAAAUCUCAAUGCCCUUAACUUAACAUAUAACAAGUGCAAGAAGUUAAUAGGACUUUCAUGAGAUCGUAGUUUACCAUGGCGGACUAUGAAGAGGAUGUCGAUGACUUACCUAAUACACAGGCUGUUGAUGACAGAGUUCUUAAAGAGGUUGUAGCUUAUGUAGAAGUGCGGUCCACUAACGACAAUAGAACCAAAGCCAUUUGUAAGGAGCUGGAGAAUCUUGGUGCCAAGAUCAAGAAGACUUUCACUGAAGAUGUCACCCAUGUUGUGUAUAAGGAAGGCUGUAAAAGGACGAGGACCAAAGCUCAGAAAAAAGGCGUUUUCCUUGUGUCUGUCCUCUGGGUUGACAGUUGUAAACAGAAUCAGGAACAUGUGUCCGAGAGACUGUAUCCUGCUAUGCUUCCUGAUGACACAUCCACACCCAUACUCCUCACAAAACUAAAAAAAAUGAAGUCGAUGCAGCCACGAGAUUUUGAUGAGGAUGUAGCCAACAGUGCAGAGCGCUGUACGAAGCGGAAACGUAAGGUGGAACUUCUGAAGUCUUGUAAAGAGUCCACGCCCUUUAACUCCCCUAGCCUGGGGGGAAUCCUUGUAAUGGAGACACAGCCACGAUCACCUGAGGAGAUCCCCACCCCUCUAAGAUUGACCAUUCCAGACACACCUCCCAGUAUGAGGGCCAGAAUGAGGGAUCUACAGCUCAGGAGGAAUAGUGGUACCAGCCUGUCUGAUUUACCCCUCAAUGCAGAAGCAGAUCACAUGACUGGAAAUGAGCCACUGAUCAGGAAGUUGUUCAACAACAGUGGAGUUAAUAUGGAGGUAGAGGAAGAGGACCCACUGGCAGUGUUAAACAGGGUAAAAUCUACAGACAAAGCAGUAGCAGCUGAUGAUGACAGCAGUGCACAAUCACCAUGUGCUUUGGCAGCCCUGGAGACCUCCAAGUCAGACACAUCUAAGAGGACAAGUAAUCGUCGUAAAUCAAUGUCAUCAGUUAAGUUUUCAGGAAAUGAGGAUGUGGAGUUGCCCACUAGAUCUUCUAGUCGUCGGAAGUCGCUUGCUGUAACAUCUGUCAUCUUGAACAGUAAAGCAUUGGUUACAGAAGAAUCCAGAGACAUGCCCACAAACUGUAGUGAUACACACAGCUCCGAUGUCAUACAGACAAACAGGGUAGAUAUAGAACCUACCAGUUCUGGUGGAAUGGUAUCUAAUUGUACAGUAAAGGUGAAAAAGACUUCCCCGGAAAAGCUAUUAGAAGAACCUGUUUUUGUAAAUAGCAAGACAACAGCCAAAGGCCGUAGGAAAUCAGUGACAAGUAAGAGUAAUACUACACAACCUGUUGGUGAGGAUAUUGCUAGUAGAGGUAGGGAAUCAGACCCAUCAUCUUCUGUAAGAGUAAGUGUAGCCAGUAGAGGAGGGGGUACCAGUAGAGGUAGGGGUAGAACAUCAGACCCCACCUCUGUCAAAGGGGGCAUGACUAAUGUAAAGGGUGGGGCAAGUAGGCGUAGAAGUCGGGUAUCAGACCCACCUGGACAGGUUGUCACAAGUGAAAGUAAGGCAUGUGAAUCCUCCUCAGGAAGAGGGCACAGAAAGUCUGUAACGUUUACUGCCCUGCCAGCCAGUGUCAUUGACCAGGACAGGCAACCUGGAGAAAGUGAGCAGCGAUACUCUAAUGUUUCUGAGAUUGACACAGUCUCGCCCCACAUGAAAACUUUUAGUAACUGUGAUAAUAAUUCUAGUCUGAGUGACCAUUGUCAAAAAAUCAGUACCUCAAGUGUAGAGGAAGGCUCCUCUGACGAGACUACAGGCAAUGUUGACCCUCCUUUAACAGUCGAUGACAGCACUACAACCAAACUGCAGCCACAGAGAAAGAGAAUGCCAAACAAAAAAGGGAAGAUGUUGAUGCCGCAAGAUAAUAUGCCCAGCUCAUUUCUGAUUGAGCCAACAAUGAGCUCCGACAAAGUACGACCAACUCUUCUAGACAAUUGCUCUACAGGGUCAGGAAGUGUAGCGAGUAAGGGACGGAAGAGGAAAGUAACCACAGAUGAAGAUGAAAAAGUAUCUCUUAAAAAGUCCAGAAAGGGCAGCAGAUCUGAUCCCAAGCGACCACAGGCAGAUCAGAUGUUUUCCUCUAGUGAUGACAGUGAUAAGACAGACAGUCAAAUUGCUCCAAUAAAAAAUAUAAUGAAGGAUAUUUUAGUGAAUGACAGUACUCUGAGUGUAUCCGGUACACAGUCGGAGUCGACCGUACACACAACUGGUCACCACGGUAUGUCCAUGUCCACCGUGUUCGGUGAUGACACCAUGCCCUCCUCCUUCUUGGGUUUUGCACCAAGACCCAGUAUCGAUGAAUUCAACUUCAGCAAGAAAAUACCAAAGUCCUGUGGCAAGCCUAGGAAGAAGGCAUUCUCCGAGUCAUCAGUUGGUCAACGCCAGCAGAAGUUUGGUGACAGUGAUAAAUCCAGCAGUGACGGCGAUGGAGCAGAACAUUCCAUGGCCACAUUUCAAGGGAGUGUAGGGUUCGCCUUCAGGCGCAGUCCACACAGACCCUCAGUCGUCAUGACAAGUUUACACUCGCACGAACAGGACACAGUCAUCUCCAUUGUGAAAAAGAUUGGCCAUUUUGUAAUUUCGGACAAUGUUUCUGACACCACGACUCAUUUAAUAUGCGGUGGUCCCCGUCGCACCCUUAACCUGUUGUAUGCUGUUUCUAGAGGUUCCUGGAUCGUUCACCAAAAAUGGGUUUACGAUUCCCUGGAUGCUGGCCGAUGGCUACCAGAGGAGGCGUAUGAGGUGACCGACUGGUUUCCGUCUGUCAAGACAGCCCGGUUAGAGAAGGAAAGUCUGAAGGAGAACUACAAGUCGACUAUGUUCUCUGGUGUUGGCAUCAUGUAUGUGUCACAGAAAACUUCACCCCCCAGGUCCCAUCUGGCUGCUCUCAUCAAACUUUGCGGUGGUCAGGUAACAAUGUCCACCUCGAAGGCCCAGGUGAUUGUAGGCAAUGACUUCUACCCUGACCGGACCAGUGUGUCACCCCUCUGGAUUCUAGAUUGUAUUAUACACCAGAGAUUAGAGCCCAUGGAGACAUAUCUUCAAGGCCGACCCAAACGUGAAAGCAGUCCGGAGUUUUAGUCAAGCUAAUAGAGACUUACCACAAGGCUGACCAAAUGUGAAAUUAGUCCGGAGCUUUAGUCAAGCUAAUAGAGACUUACCUCAAGGCUGACCAAACACGAAAGUAGUCCUGAGUUUUAGUGAAACCAUUUAAGACAUACCAAAGUGUAACAUCAAGUCAAGAGUUUCAGUGGAGCUAAUGGAAACAUAUUUCAAUGCUGACUAAAAUGUGACAGCAAGCCAAUGGAGACACGUGUACCUAGUUAUAUCUAGUUAUCAUGUCAGGGCAGUACAGAUAAUUCUGGUCUACAACAGAGGAAUGAGAUUGUUUUAAUAAAGAGAGGUUGAUAGUGACCAGACACAAUGUGUUGUAUUGUGAACAAAUCCUUCAUACUCUAUACUUAAACAUUAUAUACCUCAAGCUUUCAAUAGUCCUUAUUUAUUCCAUUAUAAAUAUAAUUGUGUUAAAACCCUUACUAUCAUAAUGAAUUCAAGUCUUAUGGGAGAAUCAUUUAUAGACUCGGAAUAUCGGAUUUUGAUUAAGAGUGAGUUGAAUUCAUCUUUUAAGAUUUACCGGUAUUCUAAGGUAAUUUAUGUAGUGUCAUUGAAGUGGACAUGGUAUAUUUUUCUUGACGGUUCCUGCUGAUUUUUGGCAAUAUUUCUGUGUAUGAAAGAUAUGAAGUACCAUCCUUAUUCUUCUAGUGUAAAAGAGACUCUUAACUGUCCAUUCUUGUGAUCAGUGAAAGAAAAUUUAAAUAAGCAAUUUCCCAAAUAAUCAAAAUACACAUUUUUUGGACUAGGUUCAUGAUGAUAAGUACAAUUACAGAACCAUCAUUUAAAAGAACACUUGUUCUGUUACACAAAGAGAGAAUGCAUGGCCUAAUAGUAACCUUACAGUCUGUCAUUAGGGAUGAGAGUUAGAAUCUAAUCUACGUACAAUUCAAAUGUGUCCUUCAACAUACUGAUUGUAUAUUGUUCAGUCAUUUUAUUACAUGUUAACAAAAAAUUAUGAUCAUAAUGGUGUAAGAUCUUGGUACGUAUCUUAAAAACUGCGUCAUUUGUGAUUAUCAAUUGGUAACAUUAUCCUAAAGCACUGAUACAUUGUAUUUACAUCAACUUGUUUUCCUUCCAAGGAGCAUUUAAAUGAAUUUCAAAAUAUUUAUACAUGAUUGAUAUUCUGAUUUACCAAUCUGUUCUUUUUUCAGUUGGACUGACUUAUACACUGAAUUUACAACUCUGUGUGAUGAAAUAAAACAUGGCCAUUUUCUGUCUACAAUAACAUGCUGUGAUCUAAUUAAAGAAUGCAAUAUAAAAGA